AUGGUCGCUAUCAAGAUCUCCGCUUUAGCCCUUUUUGUGUCUUUGGCCACUCUCUCUUCAGCGACGCCUAUUGAACCCGAGGCUCAGACUCUUGAAGCUCGCGCCAGAGGCAAUGCCGUUGUCUACACUUCCGUUGGGCCAUCAUGUGAUAGGGUUGUUGAGCGUCAGGCAUUCCAAGGCGAUAACGUUCACAUCUGUCAUGAAGUGACAAACAUCGGUUCCCUUCGGGUUGAAGGAAGUGGUUGCUUGGUUAAAUAUUGGCAAAAUCGCGGAUGCAAGGGGAAGGGCGUCCAGGUUCUGGACUCUUACUGUCAAUCUGUCCAGUUUUCCUCUUACAGCGUUGAUUGCCCUUACAGGAGCAAGGACCGAGGCCAGCAGACAUGGCCUUACCCUAACUAG